AUGGCACUUUGGAGAAGAAGGCUGGCCAUAGGGUGCUUCUACUUGGCUCAGGUCGUCUGCAUUACAGCUGGGCUACGAUAUGACACUUAUUGGUCGAUUUUAGUGGCCCCCUGGGUGCUGGGCUAUAGCUUUACGGCCCUGGGGCUGAUAACAUCAGAUUUCCUGACACCUAACUUGUCGAUCAUUUCGAAACAGGUGCUCCACAUAUCAGACCGCGUGUCUGGAAUGACGCUUCUCGCUUUGGGGAACUCCAUUCCGGACAUCACGAGUACGUACCAGUCUAUGCGCUCAGGUGCCACUCCCCUCGCGCUGGGAGAAUUACUAGGUGCUGUUGUAUUCCUACUUACAGUGGUCGUUGGAGCAAUGCCUUUCGUAAGAACUAUUGAGUUUGCGAAUCUGGACCCUGAGCGUGAGCUUGAUCCACUAAUCCCUACUGAGGGGAGUGCUACGCUAUGCUAUAAUCGGACCAGGUUUAUGAAAGACCUUGUGCUGUUUGCAGUAUUGAUAUUCCUCUCAUUGUUCUUUCUAUAUGACGGGAAGCUAGUGUUUUGGGAAUGUGUUUUGAUGGUAUGCGUUUAUGUUGGCUAUGUUAUAUUCCAGCUCUACUUUGAGGCUGACGAGCCAGUUCCCUCCGUUUUGGUUCCGCCUGAAGCUAAUGAGGCUAUUAUCUCAAGUUCAGAGACAGAUCAGCAUCUGAAUUCAAGAGAUGAAACACAGUUUCUCCAGGAGCUGGAGCACCGCAAGGCUAAUCUUAGCUGUAAAAUACGUCGCCGCUUGCGUUCAAACUAUUCAAUAUACAUGAAGAUGCCACUGAAUGACAUCUUGAACGUAUGGGAUAACGAAAGCGCUUUUCAGCCUCCAACAACUCAUCCCAAACUUACCAAAUGUGUUUCUCAUCAAGAUUUGCGUGCACAACUCAAUAUCAUAAAACCUUCAAGUCCGGAUCAUAAUCAGCAGCCUAUAGGAAGUAGAGGGUGGGACGAAGGACAGUCUGUUUCCGAUACUGAUCAAGGACUUUUAAAGCCCCCUAUCCGUACGAAUUCGCGAUCCGUCAGCGCUGACUAUUUGCUAUAUUUAGACAAUCACUUGCAAAGCUCAGACAAUUCACUCAUGGGGAGCAUAUCAUCCAACGAGCAAAUUGAUGCCGACGCUAAUGAGCCCUUACCGCUUAAGUCAGAACAGGAAUUAUUAGAAAUUCAAGAAAAGCCAAUCAUUCAGUCCGUUCUAUAUAACUAUUGGUACAACGAGAAGGCUUGUCAUGGUUGGGCAGAAAUCCUGACACUUCUCGUAAUCACCCCGGUUUUGCUUAUUUUGCGGAUUUUGAUUCCGUCGCCUGAUAAUCUGUUUGGUCAUCGACAAAACAGAGGCAAAAUUACGUGCAUUCAAGUCUUUGUGGCCCCUUUGCUGAUUGACUAUUUUAUCACAGAUUCCUGGCACCUGUUUGAUGUGCUCAUCAUCAUAGCAACUGCGCUGCUGUUUUAUUAUUUGAGGUCGAGAGAAAUGCAUGGAUUUGUUAUUAGGUUUGUUUCAAUACUUGCUUUCCUCUUAUCGGUGUCGACGAUAUCGUUUAUUGUUAAAAAUGUUGUUGAAGUCUUGAGGCGAAGCGCUGCUGCUCUAAAUGUUUCUGAGGCUAUGCUGGGCUUAACUAUUUUUGCAUGGGGCAACUCUGUGGGUGAUCUUGCUACGACAGUCACAUUCACAAAAAUGGGAGUGCUAGAUGUUGCAUUAGGUGCUUGUUUUGGAGGCCCGCUGCUAUAUUUUUUAUUUGGUAUCGGUCUCGACGGAAUGUUAGUCAUUUUACUAAAAAAAAGUCAUCACGAAGGCUCCAUUUGGCUCAGACACAUCGACUUUGAGGUCAGUGCACUUCUCAUUGUUAGCUGCCUGACCCUUCUGGCAGCAUUUGCUGUUUAUUUGAUUGUCAUUCCCCUCAACAACUGGCGCGUUGAUAAGAAUGUGGGCAUCAUUCUCCUAGUCCUUUAUGCUGUGGCAACAGCGCUAAACAUUUAUUUUGAACUUUACUAA